ACCUUGACUUAAACACCACCAAUGUCUGGUUUCUGAUUUGAUCAUUAGAUUUAUCCGAGUCUCUCACUCUAUAUUCUUUUGUUGUGGGUCUAGUUUAAUAAUUUCAUAAAGAUAAAAAAAGCAAGAUUCAGAAUGCUACCUGGUAGCAUAUUCAGAAGAACAUUCUCAAUUGAAAUCAUGUGUUUUAUUGUUUGUCUCUUGCUUGUUUCCCUAUUAGGUGAAGCAGCAACAGCAUCAGCACCAGCAACAACAAACAUCAAAGAUUCUGUGAUAUUUAAUCCUCAGAUUAAGUACGAUGUUUUUGUUAGCUUCCGAGGAUCAGACAUACGCCAAGGUUUUCUUAGUCAUUUAAUUGAAGCUAUCACUCGAAAGAAAAUCUUUGCCUUCGUUGAUACUAAGGUUCAUAAAGGAGAUAAAAUAUCGCCAUCACUUGUUCAAGCAAUUAAAACAUCUUUGAUUUCUUUGGUUAUAUUCUCUGAAAACUAUGCUUCUUCAUCGUGGUGUUUGGAUGAACUUGUUAAAAUUGUUGAAUGCAAACACAAAGAUGGACAGAUUAUAUUACCUGUUUUCUUCAAAGUAACUCCAACAGAUGUAAGGCAUCAAAAGGGAUCUUAUGCAGUUGAAUUUGCUAAGCAUGAAAAAAAAUACAAUUUGAGCAGGGUGCAGCAGUGGAGAUCUGCUUUGAAGGAAUCUGGUAAUAUCUUAGGAUAUCACGCAUCAAAUUUUCCGAGUGGCGCUUUACUUGUUGAAGAAAUAAUUAGUGAUGUGAUGAAGAGGUUGGAUCAUGUGAAACAAGUUCACUCAAAGGGUCUUAUUGGAGUUGGCAAACAAAUUCCACAUGUGGAAUCGUUGUUAAAAAAAGGGUCAAAAGAUGUCCGCGCCAUAGGAAUUUGGGGGAUGAGUGGUAUAGGCAAAACAACUAUUGCAGAACAAGUAUAUAGCAGGCUUUGUUCUGAAUAUGAAGGUUGUUACUUUAAGGCUAAUGUAAGAGAAGAAUGGGGAAGACAUGGAGCUAUGAAAUUAAAGAAUGAUCUUUUUUCUACUUUAUUAGGUGAACAAGAUUUGAAAAUUGAUACACCGCAUGGAUUGCCCGGUUUUGUAGAGAGGAGGCUUCGUCGUAUGAAGGUUCUUCUUGCUCUCGAUGAUGUUAAUGAUAUACAGCAACUAGAAGUUUUAAUUGAAACACUUGAUUGGUUUGGAAAAGGCAGUAGAAUCAUCAUAACAACAAGAGAUAAGCAAGUACUGGUCAAUAUGGUUGAUGAUAAUGAUAUAUAUGAGGUUAAAGCAUUAGACUUUGAUGACUCUUUUAGGCUUUUCACUUUGAAUGCUUUUGGACAAAAUCAUUUUAAAAAAGAGUACUAUGAGUUGUCCGACAAGAUGGUCAAUUAUGCUAAAGGCAUUCCAUUAGUUCUUGAAGUUUUGGGUCGACAUCUUCGUGGAAAAGAUAAAAAAAUAUGGGAAAGUCAGCUACUGAGGCUAACGAAAGUACCAAUUAAAAGGGUCAACAAUGUUGUUAACUUGAGUUACAAUGGUCUUGAUCGUCAUGAGAAGAAGAUACUCUUGGACAUUGCAUGUUUUUUCGAUGGACUGCAUCUCAAAGUUGAUCAGAUAAAACUGUUGGUGAAAGAUCAUGGGUAUUCAGUAGAUGUUGAGUUAGAAAGUCUCAAAAAUAAAGCUCUUAUAACUAUUUCCCAAGAUAAUGUUAUAUCCAUGCAUAGCAUUAUACAAGAAACGGCUUGGGAAAUUGUUCGCGAAGAAUCCAUCGACGACCCUGGAAAGCAAAGUCGUCUACUGGAUCCUGAUGAUAUUUAUCAUGUGCUGAAAAGUAACAAGGGGAGUGAGGUAAUUAGAAGCUUAGCUAUCGACUUGUCGAUAAUUAAGGAUCUGCAGUUAAAUCCAAAGGUGUUUGAAAAAAUGAACAGACUACAAUACCUGGAUAUUUAUAGUAAGGGAUACUCAUGUGAUGUUGUUCAGAGUAGAGGAGGCUUGUAUCUUCCGCAAGGGCUUGAAUCUUUGCCAAAUGAACUCAGAUACCUCCGUUGGGCACAUUUCCCAUUGGAGUCCUUACCAUCCAACUUUUCUAGUGAAAAACUUGUUGUAUUGGACUUGCAGCAUAGCCGGGUGAGAAAACUUUGGCAUGAAGAUAAGGAUCUUGUGAAUUUAAAAUAUCUUAAACUUGGUUUAUCCAAACAACUGGUGGAGCUUCCAGACUUGUCAAAUGCUACAAAUCUUGAAGUAAUUGAUCUUCGUGUCUGUACAGGGUUGAUUAGUGUACAUCCAUCUGUCUUUACACUCAAUAAGCUUGAGAAAUUGGACCUGGGUGGAUGCAUUUCCCUCAGAAGCUUUCGAAGCAAUAUCCAUUUAAGUUCCCUUCGUUAUCUCUCUCUUGCUGGUUGUAGAGCACUAAAAGAGUUCUCAGUAACCUCAAAGGAAAUGGUAAAGUUGAAUUUAGAACUCACACGUAUCAAACAACUACCAUCAAUUGGACUUCUAACCAAACUUGAAAAGCUGCUUCUAGCACAAAGUUACAUUGAGAACUUGGCUGAAAGCAUCAAGCUUCUUACAAGGUUGAGACAUCUAGACUUACGAUAUUGUUGGAAGCUUCGAAGUCUACCAGAGCUUCCUUCGUCGUUGAUAACUCUAGAUGCCAGUGGUUGUGAAUCAUUGGAGAAUGUAACUUUCCCUUCAACUGCUCUCCAGAUGUUAAAGGAAAACAAGACAAGGGUUGCCUUUUGGAAUUGCCUGAAACUGGAUGAACAUUCUCUCAAGGCAAUAGGGUUGAAUGCUAAAAUUAACAUGAUGAAAUUUGCACACAAGCAUAUAUCCAUAUCUCGUCACAAUUAUGAUGCCCAAGGCACAUACGUGUACCCGGGAAGCAAUGUUCCGGAAUGGUUGGUGUAUAGGACAACAGGUGAUUACAUGACUAUUGAUCUCUCUUUUGCUAACCAUUCCUCUUCAUUAGGCUUCAUUUUUUGCUUCAUUGUUCCACAAGUUCCAUCACAGGGUUUCAUUUUGAGAUUUAAUAUCGGUGUUGAUGAAGGUGAAGAUAUCCAAUGGUACUUGGAUAGGCCGAGUAAUGAAAUUAAAUCAGAUCAUGUGUACUUAAUAUAUGACGUAGGUUUUUCUCGCUAUCUCAGUAACAGAGUCAAAGAUCAGCCAAAGUUCAAAAUUAAGGUUACUGCAGAAUCACGCACAUUAACAUCAGAGUACGAGUCAUUAAUGAUGUUGAGAGGGUUUGGGGUCAGCCCAAUAAGCACCUCACAAUAUUUCAAUCUCAUUCAACACAUAGAAGUGGCUGAAGGUCCAAGUAUCCCAACCCAAAAUUUAUUAUUGAGUAUUGCUUACAGCCUCUUACUACCAAUUUGCAUAGAGUUAUUCCUUAAGUUUGUUCUAUGAUAAAUUAACAUUACCAAUAAAAAUUCUUGCCUUCUUUAUGGUAAAAUUUUAAUCUUAAGUUCAUUUUCUUUUAGGAAUGAUAGUCACAGACUUGAUCA